CACAUACCGGCACAAAGCGACUCUCUGCUUCAAUUCAAUCUCUGCGUUCCAAUCCUAUUCGAAAAGAUUGUACUAAUUUCUAGCAACGCCUGACUAAAAGGCUCAAAUAGUAGAUCAGCAUGGCUAACAUGUUCGAGGAUAAUUUCUGGGCAGAGAAUGGCUUUGAGGAGCUGAGGAGACUAAUGAAGCAAGGAAGUGACUUUGUCAAAGAAAUCAUGGCUGUUGUCCAAGAGAGGUCUGAGAUAGAAAAGCAAUAUUCUUCAAAGCUUGUCCAGCUGACAAAGAAAAUUAGACGUGCCAAUGGACUAUCCAUGGGGUCGCACAAUGAGGCAUGGCAGAAGUUAGGGGAUUCCAUUGAGAAUGAAGCUGAUGUUCACAAGAAUCUUGCCCAAGACCUAAUGUCAGAGUGUCACGUUCCUUUGAAGACAUUUCUGGAGGAGAAAAUCAGACAAAGAAAACCUCUGGAAAGUGCUGUUGAGAAGCAUAAGAAAGCACAUUUAGAUAAAUUCUCUGAGCAAUUAAAAUUAAAAAGAACGGCCCAUACUAAAUGUAGAGAGCUUGAACAAACUCUAGACAACCUUGAAGCCAUCAAAAAUAGGCGAGGAUCUGUCGUUAAUGAGAAAGAAAUAACCAAGGUUGAGAAAAAUGCUAGAAAAGCAGAAGAUUCUCUUGUAAAAGCAGAUCGUGAAUACAAGGACUCUAAUGUAAGAACGGAGGAGGCCAGACUGAACUGGGAGUCAGCGAUGUAUCGCUGCUGCAGGUACCUUGAGAACCUGGAGAGAGUGAGGCUAGAGGAAGUGUCCAGUGUACUAUCAAAAUACACACAAAUACUAUUAACUGUUGUCUCGCCAUUACAAGAGUCUUGUGAUGAGCUUUCGGAAAUGGCUCAGCAGAUUUCUCCGGACAGAGAUAUUGAAGGAAUGUGUCAGAAUUUUGGGACCGGGCCCAACCUGCCUGAGCAACUCCUACUGGAUACUUUUGAAGAGGAGAUGGGAAAUCAUAUGAAUGGGGAUAGGAGACAGAGUAAUUUAGAUAAGAAGAUACAAGAGCUAGAGCAGGACAUUGAUAGGAAGUCUAAGGAGAAGAAAGGUGUAAUGUCUUUGUCAGCUGCCUAUGAAAAGACUCCUGAUUUUGUUGAUGAGCAGGGAGCAGCUGACGUGAACCGCCAACUCAUUGAAGCCAAUGCUCUGAUUAACAUGCUAAAGGCAAACCAUUUUAAACUAUUAACCGUUAGAUCAGAGCUGGCUGGUCUCCCAGCCCCUGCUUCGCCUUAUACCGAGUAUAUACAAGUUAGGAAAGACAGACAAAAUCAGUCUAUGAGUAUAUUAUCAGUUCCAAUAGAUCAAGUCUCAAUACUUGAAGAACAAACAAUUGCUUCUUGGACUCCGCCCAGUCCAUCAAUAAGUCACACUUAUUCCAGUGUGAAGAAGAGAGAUUCAUUUUCACCACCUCAGGCUCAGCAGCAAGACCAACCCUCUGAAUAUGAAGAAUUUGACGACGGGAAUAACGAACCUCAGCAAAAUGAAGAUGAAUAUCCUGCCUAUAUUUGUCGCUGUGAAGCUCAGUAUGACUACGAAGGACAGCAAGCGGAUGAGCUCUCCAUUCAGCCUGGUGACAUCAUAUAUGUCACUGAAAAGAUUGAUGAUGAUUGGUGGCAGGGGAAUCUCAAUGGGACUGUAGGGAUAUUCCCUGCCAACUAUGUAGAUGUAGUAGAAAAUUAUUAAUUUGACUAUCAUAUAUUUGAUUUAGUGUGUUUUGAUUUAAUUUGUGCUGUCCCAGUAUUGGCAUUAUUAUACAUUUUAGAUAUUAUUUUUUAGA